GCCCAGGAACGUGACGGUGGAGGAGGAAGGUGCUCAGUUUGUCUAGGAGAGAGGGGUUCGCGUUCCGGCCCCGCGUCCUCUUGAUACGCCGCCGCGUCCCUCCGCGCUGCUGUUCCCGCUGCCUCCCCCGCGGGCGCCUGUCGGAUGUCCAUCACUCCGGGCCCCGCCCCCUGCUCCCCACGCUCAUGCGCCGCACUGGGGCGCCUUUUACGACGCGACGGCCGUGGCGCCUAGCGGCGGGAGGGCAGCGCGGCCCGAGAGGUGCGAGCCGUGCUGGCGUCCACGGAGUCGCGGGCGGGCAGCGUCGCCAUGUCGCACGGCCACAGCCAUGGCGGGGGCGGCUGUCGCUGCGCCGCCGAACGCGAGGAGCCGCCGGAGCAGCGCGGCCUGGCCUACGGGCUGUACCUGCGCGUCGACCUGGAGCGGCUGCAGUGCCUCAACGAGAGCUGCGAGGGCAGUGGCCGCGGCGUCUUCAAGCCGUGGGAGGAGCGGGCGGACCGUUCCAAGUUUGUUGAAAGUGAUGCGGAUGAAGAGCUUCUGUUUAAUAUUCCAUUUACUGGCAAUGUCAAGCUCAAAGGAAUCAUUAUAAUGGGAGAGGAUGAUGACUCACACCCCUCUGAGAUGAGACUGUACAAGAACAUUCCCCAGAUGUCAUUUGAUGACACAGAAAGGGAACCAGAUCAGACCUUCAGUCUGAACCGGGAUGUUACAGGAGAGUUAGAGUACGCUACGAAAAUCUCCCGGUUUUCAAAUGUCUAUCAUUUGUCCAUUCAUAUCUCAAAAAACUUUGGAGCAGAUACCACAAAGAUCUUUUAUAUUGGCCUGAGAGGAGAGUGGACAGAGCUUCGUCGGCAUGAGGUGACCAUCUGCAAUUACGAAGCAUCGGCCAACCCGGCAGACCACCGGGUGCAUCAGGUCACCCCACAGACACACUUCAUUUCGUAAGGGCUGGCCCGGGCUCCCUCAGACGUGCUGUCAGUGAAGAUGUAUGACCACCUGCUGGGAGGGACAGAGGAGGCUCCAGCGAGAGUUGCCUGCCACAGCCUUGGCCAGGCUUUGUCUUUGGGGUUGCUGCAGGAAUCUGGCCUGUGACCACUGGGAGUGGUGUGGGUGCGAAGGGACAGUCGUUCUUUAGGACAUUGCAGAGACUGGGUGGCAUCUGGCAUCAUGCAUUACGCUUGCUUUUCCAGUCAGUGUGGCCAUGGGAUCCCAAGUGUCUUGCUUGUGGCAGGGUUUUUGUGUGACUUGUCCUUUUUAAAAAAGGAAGCUUCCUGGGCUACAGGAAUCUUUCUGAAACCUGAGUUUUAUGUUUGUGUUAGCCAUCAGGAGGGUCUCCAACUAGAAACACACGUUCCUACUUGCUCCCUCCUGUCGUUGGCCAGCAUUCUUGUCAGGGUACCCAACUUGGCGCUGUCACACAAACGUCCAUGAUGAUAGCUGGAAAGGCAGGAGUUUCCUAAUGUGGACUGCUUAUGGGGAGGUCUGCUUUCCCACUGGCCAGUCAAGCAGUCUGGGGAGAACAUGGAAAGUCAUUUCUCUGUGUGUGAGUGACCUGGUGGGGUAAGAUUCCCCUUGGCAUCCCCCUACUGUUCAUUAACUUCUAACUUGUGCUGUACCAGGGCUGGGAUUUGGAGAUCUUCUGGCUCUUCUGUUUGUGGCUUUUAUUCACUGUGACUGAUGAGCUUCCUAAUAAAUCCUUGCCAGACUUA